GCACAAGGAUCGCAUAUUCGCUAAACGCCACGGGGGUUCAAGAGGGAGGUGGGGGGGCGCUCUGUUUGUUUUCCGGAAUGGGAGACCGGCAGUGCUGCUGCUGCUGAUCUUUUCAAACCGACUCCUCCAAUAGUCAGAGAUGGACAACCACCAUACAGCCGCUCCCGCCGGUGGCUCCUAUCCGGUGCCUUCUGACCGGCCCGUCCGCGUCUACGCCGACGGGAUCUACGAUCUCUUCCACUUCGGCCACGCCCGCGCUCUCGAACAGGCCAAGAAAUCGUUCCCCAAUACUUAUUUGUUGGUCGGAUGUUGCAAUGAUGAAAUCACCCACAAGUACAAAGGCAAAACUGUCAUGACAGAGGAUGAGCGCUAUGAAUCACUUCGCCACUGCAAGUGGGUGGAUGAGGUCAUUCCUGAUGCACCAUGGGUAAUCAAUCAAGAAUUUCUGGACAAGCACAAGAUCGAUUUUGUGGCCCACGACUCUCUUCCUUAUGCUGAUGUCAGUGGAGCAGGAAAUGAUGUCUACGAAUUCGUCAAAGCUGUUGGGAGGUUUAAGGAGACGAAGCGUACGGAAGGGAUUUCCACGUCAGACAUCAUAAUGCGAAUUGUCAAGGAUUAUAACCAAUAUGUGAUGAGGAACUUGGACCGCGGAUAUUCAAGGAAAGAACUCGGUGUCAGCUAUGUCAAGGAGAAGCGAUUGAGGGUGAACAUGAGGUUGAAGAAACUACAGGAGAAAGUGAAGGAGCAGCAAGAAAGGGUAGGCGAAAAGAUUCAAACAGUGGCAAAGACUGCAAGCAUGACUCGUAACGAGUGGGUUGAGAAUGCUGAUCGUUGGGUUGCUGGAUUUCUGGAGAUGUUUGAAGAAGGUUGCCAUAAGAUGGGCACAGCAAUCAGAGAUCGGAUUCAGGAGCGCCUGAGGGGCCAACAGAUGAGAGAUGGGUACCUGCUGGAGAAUGGGAAGGACGGGCUCGAUAUGGAUGACGAUGAAGAUGAAGAGUACUAUGAAGAGUAUGAAGAGUACUUUGAUGAUGACGAUGAUGAGGAAUACUACGAUGAGGAGCAUGAUGAUGCGAAAGAGGAGACCGAGAAGAAACGAUAGGCUCUCUAAGUCGGAAUCAUAUGUAGAUUUUGGGUACUAGUAUCGCCGCACCUGGUUAAGUAUACUAAUUUUGUCCGAGUUUGUGGAGUGUGAGUGAUAAUACAGUCGUUGCAGGGGAGUCAAAAGUGUGUGGUUUGGUUUACGUACAUGCAAGACGCAUAUAUAUUUGUUCUGUUUCUUUAGUUAUAGAAUGAGUUAUUGAUUUUGGCAUAUGCCUCUGGACUUCCUAAAGCCGGCAUUGUCUUAAGUUAAUCUUGUAUCCAGCCCGAGUAAACUCCUUGGUUUCUUGUUU